CCAAUAAACAAAACGCACACAAUUGAUUUCAUACUUCUAUUGUACAAAAAGGAAGAAGUGUCAUAGCCACACCUCUAGGAUCAAUUCUCUUUUUUUUCCAUUAGUAAGAACGUAACUUUGGGGCUUCUCGGAAUGUGGUUGAUGGGAAGACGCAAACUGCGAGGGAAAAAGAAUCAGAACCCGAAAAGGGAAAAACCCAGACUCGUUGUUGCAAACGAAAGUUGUUUGAAUAACCAAGUCAAUCAAAUAUAUUUCGAAGAAAAUGAAUUUUCUGUGUGAUUUGAACUUCGUGAUUUCCCUUCCUUUCCUUGAAUUUGUUUAAAAACGAUGACGUUUUGCGUGAAGGUUAAUGUAAAUUUACUGAGAGGAGCGUUUUUUAAUUUAAAGUAAAACAGUUUGAACAUUAGAUAUGGCUGGAUUAUUAACAAGCAACAGAAUUUCUGUACAAACUAAUCAUGGGGAUUGCAGCAUCGAACUUUGUUUGGGAAGUAUUACACAGCUACAGGAUCCUGUUGAUGUACUGGUGUUGUCAGCUUUUCCUGGUGACUACUCUGCAACACCCACCUCCGUAAUCGGGGCAUUAAGAAGAGACCUGCAAAUAAAUGUACGUGAAUUAGCAAAAAAUAAAGAAGAGGAUCUUCGAAAAUUAUUCUCCUGUUGGUGGUCAAAAUUAUUACCUGACAGAUUACCAUUUAAACGUAUAUUAUGCUUUGAAGGUGGAUUUAAGAAAAAUGCACGUCCUCCAUCAACUGUUGGAGAGGUGUUUCGAUCACUCAUUUCGCUUUGUCGAAAUGAAGACUUAAAGGUUAUCAUGCCUCUUCUAGCUGCUGGUGACCAGGGUUACAGUAAACAACUAAUGCUGAGACUGAUCGUUGAAGCCACAAUUCACUGGAUGCAAGUUGGUUUACCUUUAAAAGUGUUAAAGAUUGUUGUUUACACUCGAUAUCCUGACACUCCCGAUGACAAUGUGUUGCAACUCACAAGAUACUUUGAAGAGUUGAAGGAAAAAUGGAAGAACAUAUGGACAUUGAAUGAUGUGACUUUAAUAGACAGCAAUUUUGAGUAUGAUAUUUAUUUAUCAUACAGCCCAUGUGAUAGCAAAGUUGCUGAUAUGGUAUAUCAAGCAUUGAGUAAAGACCAUAAAAAGCUACGAAUCUUCUCAAAAAGGCAAGAAAUUAAUUUAGAACAGUCUUGGCAAGAAGAGAUCUACCAGCUCAUGUUGGUGUGUGCAAAAGUUGUGGCUAUAUUGAGUCCUAAAUACUUAGAGGAUACAUCCUGCAUUGAACAGUAUAAUAUCGCUUUGUGUUGCUCCCGUCAAACAAACCGCGAUUAUUUAGCUCCAUUGUAUGUUGAGGAAAUAGCUCAGAUGCCAACUUAUAUGGGUUUGAUUCAAUAUGUUGAUUGUAGGCCAAUCAGUGUUGAAAUGAUACGAGCCGCUUGUGCAAACGUUUCAGCCUGCAUUCGAACUGAAAAAAAAGAAUCGAAGAAGGAAAAGAAUCUGUUGAAGAAAAAAAUGAUUUCACUCGAUGACUCCUAUGACGUGUUUAUAUCCUAUUCUCAUAGAGAUACAACGAUAGCAAAUAAAACUUACAACUAUAUCAGGAAGAUUAAACCUGAUUGGAAUAUUUUUAUUGACCAGUCUGGCCUGCGCACUGGGUCUGCUUGGCAAUCUAAAUUGUACAAAAGUAUAGAAAAUAGCAAAGCUGUUCUUUCCCUUCUUUCAUCCAACUAUAUGAACUCUAAAGUUUGCCAGGAAGAAUACAAUCUUGCCCGCGCUCUGCACGAAGAUCCAAAUUAUACAACGCGUUUAAUCGAGGUGAAUCUUGAAAGUGUCGAUGUGUGGCCGUUGUGGUGUACGCCUAAUUUCAUUAUAAACUUCUCCGACCAGAAACUUACGCGUUCAAAAGUUCAACAAGUCGUCAGCAUUAUUGAUAUUGAAAAUAGGUACGAUCACACGUUGCAACCUUCUAAUGCAGUUCUUAGUAUUCAACAUAUUUCAAGCAUCUGGAGACAAGAGUUCGCUAAACAAAAAUUUCCUAUAAUCAAAGGCGUUGAUUUUCUGGAUGAGAAAUCUCUCCAAUCUCUUCAAUACAUAAGUAAGACAAAAUUUGAUGUAGUCUUAAGUUACCAUAGAGACGAUUCAGCAGCUGCUAACAAUUUGAUUGUCAACUUAUGUAAACAUAUCCCCAGCAUAAAAAUCUCUUCUCCGUCUCCUGCUAACGAGAAGUCUGUUCGCUUGCAUGUUAUCGACGAAGGUAAGAUGGUUGUGCCUUUACUAUCUGAAAAAUACGUCAAAUCUCCGGAGCUUAUGGAGGAGUUUAACACAGCGUUGUGUAGACACAGAUAUGCUGAUGAAUUGGUAAUGUUUCCUAUUGUGGUGGAUCACCUACCUGUUUCUCCUGUGUAUCCACAAAUAGCACUUUGUUUGUUUUCAGUACUUGAUAAGUAUUGGUUAACACAGUUAGAUGGUGAUCCAAUAGUAUCCUGCUUGUCUUUUUCCGCCAUCGUUAUCGCCAAUCUGCUUGUAAAUUCUGUUAGAGUUAUGUCUUCCUUUAAAACCUUAGUCAGCAUGAGAGAAUUGGAAGAUUGGAGUUUCUUUAAAGCAAGAAACGGCGAGGAAGCGACAUCGGAUCUAACUCCGAUUCUUUUUUCAGCAACAAAUUCCGGCCACGCAAUUGCUGAACCCGAAAUCGUUCAACAUGGAAGCGAGACUUCCAAUAAGGACUUUACAAAGAUGGUUACUGUAGAUAAAAAUGUUUCUAUAAUUAAUGACGAUGUGAAAAAUUCAGAAAAUAAUAAUAAUCAAGAAAAUAGAGUGAAUUCAAGUGAAUAUAAAGUAGCUGUUGAAAGUAUUGAUGCAACGGAGAAUCUUAAAAUCGUUCCGCAAAAUACUGCUGGUAAAAAGCAGGCUAAUAUUCUGGAUGAUGUGGCGAGCAGCACUGCUCAUGAAAUUAAUGAUAAACAAGAACCUAGGACAACAAAUUAUCAAAAUAAAAUAAAGAAAAAAAGUAUAAUAUGUUCCGUCACCUAAAAAUUAAAAAAAAUCUGUGAGGGUCACUUUCCUCUGUUUUUAUUAUUUAUAUUUAUAUUUGUGAUAAUAUAUUUGUUUCUGAUUUUAAUUUUAGUAUAUUCCGUAUAAAAUUAUCAAAAUUAUUUUUUAUUUGAAUUAUAAUCUGAAGCUAGUAGCUCUUUGCUGCAUAGCUGAAGCAUUCUUGAUGUUUAUAAACUAAUUGAAUUUAUUUAAAAAUUACUGACUAAUAAUUGACUGAAAAUUUAAUGAUUUUAAAAAAAAUUUUUAAGAAUUUUAAAAAAAUUCUUAAAAAUAUUUUUGAUUUAAUAUUUAUAUUUAUAUAUGCACUAUAUUUAAGCAUUUAUAUUUGCUUUAAAAAUAACAUUUUUAUAUCCACUUUGCUUUGUUUUGUUUUUCAAGCUGAAGCAAUCAUCCCGCAAGACUCUUGUAAGUAAAUCCUUUUAGUCUCCUAGGAUAAAGUUAGGGAGAAAAGAAGUGGUGUUUGCAUGUACCUCGGAAGAAUAGUUCUUACUAAUAAAAGGUCUAGUGUCAAAAAAGUAAUUUUGGUGAUUUGAAACCGUCGAAAUCACGCGUUUUUCUAAUUGCAGUCACAUUUUGUCCCUGCAGUUGGCUUUCUUUUGCAGGACAGAAGUAGUAAAAAAAAAAGUCAUUGAUGAAAAAGAAGUUUUAUUUGCAUUUAAAAAAAGAAAGAAUAGUCAAUAUAACAAUAUAUACAAUGUUUUUUUACAAUGACAUAUUAUUGAUACAAUAGAAUGACGUCAUUAGUACCAUGAUGGCGGUGCAGUUAACGGCGAGUUAAAGUGCGAGUAACAAAUUCCACGAAGCAUCGUGACGUACUCAUGAAAUACAAUUAAAAUUAAAAGGACUAAUUCUGGUCAUCAAAAAUUAUUCUUGCUAAUUGCUUGC